AAUUCCUCAUCACUUCUUCUUCCUCCUCCUUAUAUAUAGUUAUCUUUCCCUCCAAUCUCAACCAACCAACCAACCAACCAACCACUCUCACAUGGCCAUUCCCAUGGCCUCCUCAUCACUUCACACACUCUCUUCUCUCUCUCCUCUCUCCCAAUCUAACCUCUUUCACCCUCCUCUCUCUCUCCCCCUUACUUUCUCUCCCCUCACACCUCGCCCUCUCGUCAAUUCCUCCAUUUACCGAGCUAACCCAAGACUCAAACAUGGCCAAAUUCAGUGCAGUGCCAGUAAGAAAGGAGCACCACCAGAGGUCGAUCCCAAGACUGGAGUCUCAGUUUACAAGCCCAAAUCUUACGAAGUUCUCGUCACCGAUGCCGCAAUUUCUCUUGCUUAUGCCCUCGAUGAUGGAAAGACCCGUCUCGAAAUCGACUUCCCGCCCUUGCCUAGCAGCUAUUCUUCUUACAAGGGAUCUUCAGAUGAGUUUAUUGAUGCCAACAUUCAACUUGCCUUGGCUGUUGCUAGGAAGCUUAAAGAAAGAAAGGAAACAAGAGCUUGCAUUGUGUUUCCUGAUAAGCCAGAAAAGCGCAGGGCCUCUGAGCUUUUUAAAUCUGCUUUUGAUUUGAUCGAUGGCAUAUCUAUAGGUUCCUUGGAUGAUGUCCCCAGUGGUCCUGUCAAUACAUUCUUCAGAUCCAUAAGGAACACCUUGGAUUUUGAUUUUGAGGAUGAAAAUGAAGGCCGUUGGCAGUCUAAUGAGCCUCCAUCACUUUAUAUAUUUAUUAACUGCAGCACACGUGAACUGUCAUCUAUAGAGAAGUAUGUGGAAAAAUUUGCCACAUCAACCCCUGCCCUUCUUUUUAAUCUGGAACUUGAUACAUUGCGUUCUGACUUGGGACUGCUUGGAUUUCCAACCAAAGAUUUACAUUAUCGAUUUCUUUCCCAAUUUACCCCGGUGUUCUAUAUUCGAACAAGAGAGUAUUCUAAGACAGUUGCAGUGGCACCUUUUGUAUUGAAUUAUAGUGGAGCACUGUUCCGCCAAUAUCCUGGGCCUUGGCAGGUGAUGCUGAAACAAGCAGAUGGUUCUUAUGCUUGCGUGGCAGAGAGUGCAACUCGCUUCACACUGGGUGAAACCAAGGAAGAAUUGUUGAGGGUCUUGGGACUGCAGGAGGAACAAGGAAGCUCACUUGAAUUUCUUCGAAGAGGCUACAAGAGUGCCACUUGGUGGGAAGAAGAUGUCGGUUUGGAGUUAUCUUCUGCAUGGCGUAGUUAAGCAAUAGCAACAAAAACAAGGCAAGGGUUUUGAGAGGAAAGAUGGAUCUCCCUCCACUCCCAUUUGAGUUCUCUCCCUCUCCACCUUCCAAAUUAUUCAGCAGGUCAAGGAGAAAAUUGAAGACCAAUAUGGAGGAGGAAGCUUCAGAACACUCUUGAUCACUUUAUCUUCUUCAUGUCUAACAGGGUUUUCUUGAGUGUAAUAUAGAGAAGACUUUUUAGUUUUUUUAAAUCCAAAAAGAGUUGUUUCUGGGGACUGAAGGUGUGUGUACUGUGGAUAUUGUGGUGUUGUAAUGUAAAUCAGAUUAUGCUAAUACAGAAGCCUCCCAUCAUUCAAAUUA